CUCUUCCAAAUCCCAUGGAGAGUAUUCUGCAAAAAGGGAUGUGAUGCUGAUGGCGAGACAUGGGACGAAUGUUUGGGAGAAUGUGACGAGAUAUGCUACAAAGACCCCGUCCUCAAGGACAAGCAGUGGAGUGCCUAUAUUGAUCGCUCCCCUGGUUCUGUCAGGUACUCGGAGGAAUGCUUUCGUGCUUGCAUAGCUGGCUGUAGUUACAAGUUUGAUAUUCCUGCAGAGAAACUGAAACAAGUUCAUUCCAGACCGCCAAAGCCUGCACCUGAAGAGAAACCGAGACCACCUGCUGCUGAGUCCAGACCCCCUCUCGUCUACGUUCCUUGUGGAGAUGAGGUUCUGAACACUUCUGCAUAAGCAUAAUCGGACAACAGUCUUCAACAGAAAUAUCUCAAACAGGGCCUCAGAACCCAGCAUUGCAUUUCUUUUCUGGGUAUAUUUAUGAUGAUGACAAAUUUUAUGUCUAACUGCACUGAAAUGAAGGGCAACUGUGCAUUGUAUGAAUUUCUUACUUAAAACCUUUACUCGUGGUGACUGGUCUCAGUAAAAAUUCGA